GCCACCUUAAACGCGCUCCCGACGGCGCGCCCCCGCGAGUGCUGCGAGAGGAGUGCUGUCGGCAGUGAGAUCAUGUGAGAGUCCACGCUGGGAGAAAGUAGGUUAGCAGGGUAGACUGAGAGGAAAGCAGGCGGAGAGUCACAGCGCGGAGGGGGGGUGCCGAACACGGCUCGUCUACCGUGGGACUAUUCUGUCAAAAAAAAAGUUGAGCCAAAUCUAUUCGCCAGUGCGCCGAGACGGUUAAGAUGCGAUCCAAAGCGACUUUCUUCACUCUUUUAUUUUGCUCGGACUUGACCGAGCGAUAAAGGAGAAGAGUUUCGUUCAACACAUGUAGUCGAGUUUCCGUCGUCCUGCCGAGCAAAAGAAGAAAAACACCAGAAUGAGAGCUCAGAUCGAGGUCAUCCCCUGUAAGAUCUGUGGGGACAAGUCCUCAGGAAUCCAUUAUGGAGUCAUCACCUGCGAAGGCUGCAAGGGUUUCUUCCGCCGCAGCCAGCAGAACAAUGCCAUGUACUCUUGUUCCCGCCAGAGGAACUGCCUGAUCGACCGAACUAACCGUAACCGCUGCCAGCACUGCCGCCUACAGAAGUGUCUGGCUCUGGGCAUGAGCAGAGAUGCAGUGAAGUUCGGUCGUAUGUCAAAGAAGCAGCGUGACAGCCUCUAUGCUGAAGUUCAGAAGCACCAGAAGUCCCAGGAGUGUGUGGGCACUGGAGGCGGGGGCUCCACAGCUCUAUCCUUACCCAGGGAGGAUGGAGUCUGUGGCGGCAGCGGGGAGGAUGGUGAAGAGGGUCUGAGCCGGUCCUACAGCAGUGGGGGCUCCAGCUCCACCCUCAGCGACCUGGAUGACAUCGCGGCGCUGCCUGACCUGUUUGAUCUGCCGCUGACCCCGGAGGAGGCCAGCGAGUACUGCAGCCUGGAGCUGCUUGGCGGAGGUGGAGGAGCCAGCACUGGGAACACCUCCAACUCAUCGUCCUCUUCUUCUUCUUCCUCCUCAUCCUUGUCCAAUCAGAAUUCCCCGCAGCAGACUAUACUGGACGGGACAGACAACAACGGGAUACAGCUCCUCCAUACACACACACACUCACAUCCACUGCUGGGACACACACAUGCACUGCUGGACCAUCUGCCUGAUGACUGCUCAAUUACAGACCUUGAGCGGAUCACUCAGAGUAUUGUCAAGUCUCACUUGGAGACGUGUCAGUACAGCGCUGAAGACAUGAAGAGAUUCACUUGGGUACAAUACACAACUGAGGAAACACGUGCUUUUCAGAACAAGUCAGCUGAGUGGAUGUGGCAGCAGUGUGCACACCACAUCACCAAUGCCAUCCAGUAUGUGGUGGAGUUUGCCAAACGCAUUGCUGGCUUCAUGGACCUGUGCCAGAAUGAUCAGAUUAUAUUGCUGAAAGCAGGCUGCCUGGAGGUCCUGCUGAUACGCAUGUGCCGAGCCUUCAACGUCAACAACAGCACCAUUUUCUUCAAUGGAAAGUUUGCUUCGGCUCCGUUCUUCAAAGCACUUGGUUGUGAUGACCUGGUCAGUGCAGUGUUUGACCUUGGAAAAGGACUCUGCCGUCUACAGCUGUCUGAUGAAGAGAUGGCUCUGUUUAGCGCUGCCGUCCUUCUGUCCCCUGAUCGACCCUGGCUGACAGAAGGCCAGAAGGUUCAGAAACUCCAGCAGAAAGUCUACCUGGCUCUGCAGCACAGCCUACAUAAGACCAGUGCUUCUGACGAAAAACUAGACAAGAUGGUGUCCAGGCUGCCCAUAAUGAAAUCGAUCUGUAAUCUCCACAUUGAUAAGCUGGAGUUUUUCCGUUUGGUCCACCCAGAGACCGCCUACAGUUUCCCACCACUGUACCGUGAAGUUUUUGGCAGCGAGAUGUCUCUGCCGGACUCCACCGACAGCUAGACAGACAGAUAAACAAGAGAGAUGGAGAGAGUGUAUUAAGAAGUAGGGAAGCAAAAGGAGAGACAAAGAAGGAUAGAGAUGUUGAAGCUCAACAACCAGCAGUGAAGAGACAAUCCAGGACUUUUAAUACUUCGUCUCCCAAGAUCCCAAAGUAGUCCUCCACUUUCCCAGCAGGCAAAGCACCUUACACUACAGACCACACAUGCUCAUGGUCCUCUGCACAUUGUAGCAUUAACAACAAGCGGAUGGGCACCGUAAUAAUUACAGAGCAGCCCGCUUAGCAUGUAACAGCUCCAAGCUCUAACACUUGUUUAAGAUCAGAUCCACUGUGGAUCACCCAGCCAGUUAUGAAUGUACCUCAUUGAUACGCACCAGUGCACAAGCCAGAACCCAACAACGGUGAAUGUACAACCCUGCCACUCUGAGACAGAGUUUUACACAUGGUAUUAGACUGAAGUCGUUUUGAUCAACAGGUCUCACUAUUAAUACAGCUCUCAGUCAAUAUUUCUCUCUAUAUUAAUACAUCUCAGUAUGGUACACAUUCGUAUUCAUACAGACAGUAUCCUUGUACUGACCAUCACUUAGGGACCAAGAUCAUGAGUCAUUUUCUCUGAUAUAAAAAGAAAGACACAGAUAUGAUAUGACUCAUGGCUUAGGCUGACCUCCUUCAUCAGCUGAGAACCAGUUUCACACACAUUUAGACAGUGUUCGGUGCUGCCUAUUUGUAGGCUCUUGUAAUGCAAUGAGAAACCUCAGUCCCACACACCCCUUUCCUUGUAAAUGCCACUUAGAGACAGGACAAGAUGAAAUUAUCUUUAAUUUAUAUACACAUUUAUAAACAAAUAUUUUAAAUAAGAAUGUAAAUAGAUGACUAUAUAAGUAUAUGGAGAGAGUUAGAAUAUGUGUUCAAUUCAGUUCAGAGAGAAAGGGAGAGAAAAGUGGAUAGUAAGAUGUAGAGGAGGGAAGAGAGACGGAUGUGUGAGGAUAGCUGAUAUUUGGACUCCAAUCUUUUUCUGGACUAUUUUUCCUCUCUUGACAGUACUCUCAGGUUUCCGUGGCAACAAUCCCCUCUUGCCCAGACAGCAAACCCAGCUGGGUUAGGCGCAGUCAUCACGCAAGCAUUGGGGUGGACACUUGUUGCAGAUACAACAUGGCAGGGGAGGCAGUGUACCCAAACAAAAGCGAAAAAACAUUGCCGUUGUCUUGCAUUUAAACUGAGAGCUUUCAGUCUGCACUGUUGCUGCCCGACCCCCACCCCCACCUCCCACCCCGCCUAAUGAGACAAGAGGACAAACAGGACACUAAGGAAAAGAGAAAGCAAGGCAAAAGAUGACUUCAUGAACUGUAAAAUAAAAGGGGACACACAGCCCCCCCCCGUUUCUAACCAGCAGUCAAAAGAGUAAGUGUAGUAUAAUUGUAUGUCACUCAUAAAGUUUCAGCUGGUUAAAGGCAGGGACAACGAUGGUCCAUAAUAUGUAUCAUAAACCCUCCCUGCUGGUUGGAGCAACUGUAUUAUUUUGUACAUUUGCUGUUCCCCUCUCCUUCAGUCCCAAAACCCAACACUUGUCCGAAUACCAAGCACUUAUAUUUUCUUUUUUCUCACUGGACACUAGUCUAAGGCCAGACAGAGCUACCAGCUGCCCCCCUGAGUUGAGCCUCAAUGCCAGUAAGACUUAACAAUUUUCAGUCAAUUUGUUAUGCAUUAUUUUUGUUUGUUAUUCCAUAUCUGUCAAACAAAGGUCACCCAUAACUGUUUACAUUUUUCAUGUACAUAUUUAACAUGCUUUCUGAAGGUUGUAAUAGCAUUGAGAUGAUGAUGAUAAUGUCUUACUUGGGGUGCUGUGAAGUUCUUGAGCAGAGUCCGAGGACCUGCUUUUUGCCGCUCAGGGAGCUAGCUGUGAUCUCUUGUCCCUUUUAUUACCAGUGUCGUCUUUUAGCCUUGUAUCCCUCACACCUUUGCACCUAAGAUGAGACCCAUAACCAUAAUCACUGUGGACGUAAGUUCUAUUUUGGUGAAUGUUACUGACAAAGUGUCCAAGCCCUUCCCGUUUGUCCUAAUAUUGUAACAUUAAAUUUAAGAGACAUAGGAACUUAAAAAAAUAAAUAAAUGAAUCAGUUAGAGUUAAAAAUGGAUUUCAUUAUUGGGGUUUAAUGUUUCUUUUGCUGUGAUUUUCAUUUAUUUGUCAGUCUUUUAUCCACCUUUUUCUCUACGUGUCUCCACUUCUGUCUUGUAAAGUCAGUGAUCUAUUUUUUUAAUUGAAGAAAGAUUAGGAAAAGUACAAACAAAAAAGAAUAGUUUGUCUCCCUUCUCUUUCCCUGUAUGACAAAAUGUACAAGAGGUAUAUUACUAGUCCAAGAAUAACUGAGUCACACAGCUCGAUAUAUAUUGUUGUCCAAUGGGAUACCUUAUAUGUGGUUUUAAGAAUGUAAUAAACUUUCUUUUUCUUUUGAAA